CCGUGUUGUGUCAUGGCGGCUAAAAUUGUCAAUUUCAUCCAGAUCUUUGAUAAUUGAGGAAAUUGUGGAGUUAAAUUAUCAAGUCAAGUGACAAAUGCAACAUGGCUUCAGAAUUAGCUUAUGAAGCAUCCGAUGAAGCAUCUGAAAAUGAACUUCUGGAUAAAAGUUUAUCAGUAUGGAGGGGUUGGAAUCCAAGUGUAAUUGACAAGGAUGAUUUCUCACCAGUUAGAAUAGAUAUACACACAGCUUCUAGUAUCGGACAAUAUGAAUCAGUUAGAUCAUUAAUAAACAAGGGUGAAGUUGAUAUUGAUAAAAGAAAUAGAGGAGGAUGGACACCAUUGAUGUAUGCGUGUUAUAUCGGUCAUGAAGCUAUUGCUAAAUUAUUGAUAGAUGCCGAAUGUGAUAUUAAUAUGAAGAAUAAUAAAGGACAAACUCCGUUAAUGCUUGCAGCAAGUUGUGGUAACGAGGCAGUUGGUCAUCUUCUAGUCAAGCAUGAAGCGGAAUUAGAAUCUUUAGAUAAAAAAGGAUGGACAGCUUUAUUUCAUGCCACAAACUCAGGACAUCAAAACUUUGUCAGAUUUUUACUUACAUCAGGGGCUAAUAUGGAUGCUGUAGUACCAUGUAGUGGUGUAACACCUUUAAUGGAGGCAGCAGCUGAAGGCCAUGAAAUUAUUGUUCAACUCUUUCUACAAUUUGGUGUCAAUGUAAAUGCUAAGACAUAUAAUGGUGAUAUGGCUAGAUCUGUAGCUUUAAUUAAUGGUUAUAUGAAGAUCGUUAGUCUUAUAGAUAAUCAUUUGAUGCCACUGAGUAUUAGGUCAGGACCAGCUGACUGUAGUUCAUCUGAUGAAGCUGUUAGACGACCUCGACCUCAGAAUAUGCGAGGUGUCAAAAUGAAAAUAAAAUCUGGACCUAGUAUUCGUGAUGGUCCUGAUGCUAUAGCUAGAUUAAUCGAUAGAUCGAAACCAUCUAAUACCUCACAUCAAUUAACAGUCGAGGCCUGUGUACCAAAAGGUUAUGUAACUUUUCCCCAGAAUACUGGUGAACAGAAUGACGAGACCCAGUUAUCAUAUAGAGAUGUUACCUCACCUAUUAAUCCUGAAGAUUAUACUCUAGAUAGUUCUGGUGGAAAGGAAUCAUAUGAAAAUGAAGAGGAUAGCAAUGCUUUCUCUAAAACUGGUGCCAUUACCAUCAAGAGCAGCUCAAGUUCAAGUGGUGGAUUAGUAGCAGCUCUUGGCCUGAGUCGAGAUAAUAGUCUAGAGAGUGAUGACUUCCCUCCUCCAUGUCAACAUACCAACAAUCUCCAUAGAAACAUUAGUCAAGGCAUCCAACAGAAUCACUAUGGCAAUAGUAUGUAUGGUGGUGUGCCCAUAGCAACUCUAACUCCAUCAAGUAGUGGUGAAGAUGAAAUCGAUCAAAAGCAUGUGACAAAUGACAACCAAACUAUAUUGACUCCAUUUAAUCCUCAUCAACGACUUGAAACUAUAAUGGGAAAUCAUUCAAAAUUAAAACAAUUCUCAUCUGCUCCUAGCUCGGAAUCAAAAUAUGACAGCGUUCAAGACAACUUAAACGCAGUAAGGGAAAAUUUAAAAGUUCACUGUGAUAAUAUUGAAGAAAUAAAAACAUGUCCAGUUUCGGCCGAUUUACAGCUUGAAACCAAUUACAGAAGUUUAGUUUCUGCGUUCGACAAUCAUCUUAACUCGGAAAAUAUUUGGAAAUCACAAAUGGGUCACAUACGUACAGAUAUGGCGUAUUCACCAGACACAAGAGAUUCAGGUAUUUCUACAAAUGACACAGAAGAUUACAGUGUGGCUGCAAACCCACUAACCACGGGAAUUUCUGCUUCAUUAGUGGUAGAUAAUUACAGCUUACCUCAUGAUACCACGGUUAAUAAACAUCCUAGUGUUUUAUCAAAUACUAUAGCAGACAACAUCCUCGGCGUUGAUUCUGCUGCUACCGAGACAGUUCAAAAUAUACAUACUGUGGUUGCUAGUAGCAAUAUGAGUGAUGUUAUACCGGGAGAUCCCAUAAUUCCACCCCUAGCAACAGGUAUGUUUCCAGGGCAACCAAUUAUCCCACCUAGUUACCCACAAGAUUUAGCAUCAUUAUUAGAGAAACAUGGAUUGUGUAAAUAUUUACCAAUAUUUGAAGAACAAGAUGUUGAUUUAACCGUGUUUUUAUCUCUCACAGAUAAUGAUCUAAAGGAGGUUGGCAUUAAGUUAUUUGGACCAAGGAAGAAAAUGACGAAUGCUAUUGCACGUUGGCAUAGUAAUGCACCGUUAUCAGCUACUGGUCUAGAGAGAGCGUAUGCUGACAGAUUAGAAGGUGAAAUGCAGGAGAUGGCCAUACAGUUAAAUCAGACGUAUAAUAAUGUAGAGAAAUUAAAAGCCCAGAUACAACAAGAGAAACAGUUACGAUCUGUUACAGAAGGUUGUUUAUUAGAACAACAAGAGGCGUGGCAGAAUAUUCAUCAUAUUGUUAUAGAUACUAAAAAACGUUGUGAUGGUAUGAAAGAUAAAGUAAAAAAAGUCAGAGUUUGUUUGAAUGAUUUGAAGGAGAGUAUGGUGAAGAACCAUUGCAGUGGAAAACCAGAACAUUCUACAGUAGAAACACAUAGUUCAAAAAUACCAUCGAUAAACAAUACAAAAGAAAGCAAGUCAGGGACAUCAUGUUCGGUAGAUUUUACUUUUAGUAAACUUGACAAGUAUAUUAAAGAACUUUCACAAAACAUUGCCAUGGUUACCAUGAAUUGUGAUCAUAUAUCCGAUAAAUGUGUUAAGUCACGAGAGGUGGAUCAAAGUUUUUCUUAACGUAGCAGUUGCCGUUUUUAUUCUGUGAUGGAAAUGUUAUAAAGAAAUGCUGACUUGUUCUAAAUAUGUAGCAUGCCCACUUCUUAAUUUGCUGAUUUCAGUACACAGAAGUAUUUAUGAAUUCUUGUAGUAAUGUGCUACAGAAUUAACAUUUUGGUCAAUUUGAACAUUUCCUGAAAACAAUUUAAUUUGGGUAGAUUUAUUCAAAGUACAAAUUAUUUAUGCAUAGUAGUAUUAUUUCAGCCAUAUAUUUACCAGUUAAAACAUUGAAAGCUAACAAUACAAUAUAUACAGUUAAAUUCAUACUAGAGUGUAAAAAGCACUUACAAAUGAAUGUAUUAUUUAUUAUUUGAGUUAAUAUUAAGAAUUGAAGAGCCCCAGGGAAGAACGAUCUAAGUCAUUUUUUCAACGAAACCCAGUUAAUGGCACCAUCUGGUAGCAAAUUGUAUAAGCUUUCUGUGGAGGAACUAAUUUUAGGUAAAAACGAUCGGAGUCACAUCGAUCCAAUGCCCUUCUAAAAUGGCUCCACGGACAAAUACAAGUCCAUCGUACCCUUUAUUUGACCGCAAUUUGCCUGAAAAGUGGAAGUCAGUUGUUGUACUGGUAAUUAUGAUUCGUAUUAAACAUCAUUUUGAAGUUGUAAUUAAACCCACUCAUUGUUUUGUUCGCAUCAAGCAUUCUAGUCCAAAAGUCUGUUUUGCCUUUUAUGCGAAAAGAUAAAAAUGUGACUUAGAUCGUUCUUCCCCAGGACUCUUCAAUUGUCAUAUUCUUGGACAUAUCCAUAUAUAAAUUUUCCGGUCAAUGUUAAUAACGUCGUAAAUACCAUUAAAUUUAUAGUUUUAAUGUGUAAAAGCACAUAAACAUUGAUUAUAAACUGAGAAUAUCUUAAAAAUUGUCAUAUUUUUGCAAAUGAAAUGUCAUGUCCAGUCAAAGCGUUUAUAGUUAAAACAUGAUAAAUGCUGUGUAGUGAAAUUUAUAGUUUUAAUGUUUAAAUCCACUUAAUAAAUUGAGAUUAUGUUAAAAAUUUCAUAUUCUUAGAAUUAAAGUGUCUUUAUUAUAAACCUGAGAUAAAGAAGAAACGUGAAAAACCUUGAAAUGUGAACCUUAAAUUAAUAAACACCAGAUGUCUAAAAGAACUUUGUAAUAUCUUGUUGUUUAAUAGAAUUAUUGUAUUUUUACUUAUUUUUAUGUUGCAUAAUUUUUAAUAGCUUGUAUAUAGAAAUAACCACCCUAUGAUCAUCAUUAAACUGAAAAUAAUAGAUAUGUUUCACAUGCUAUAUGCAAAACAGUUUUAAAAUAUAUAUAUAAUACAACUAUCACUGUUAUUUGUUGGAUUCUUGAAACGUUUCUGUGAUAAAUAGACAAUAUUUUUCAAGCUUAGCUUAUAUUCGCACAAUUUUAAAACUAUUUGUUUUAAGCUUAUA